AUGUUGUCUGGAAAUAGUCCGAUCAUUGCUCGUUGGCCUUUGCACAGUCGAACGCUGUUCUUGAGAGAAUUUUCAUUCAUCGUCAUGGAUGACUAUCGAAGAAACGAACAAAAGAGAGAGUUCGAACGAGAAACGAAGUUCGAGCUCGAGAAGAAAAAAAACAGAGAUCAACUGAUUAAAACUGAGAAAACUAAUUAG